AUGAUCGCGUGCGAUGAAUGCGACGAGUGGUUUCACGGCAAAUGCGUCAACAUCUCGGCAGCACAGGGGCGUCGAAUGGAGAAGUACGUGUGCCCCUUCUGCUCUGAGCGGCGGCGCAAGAGGGGCAGCGCCGCUGGGGCACCACCGACGCGGCUGCAGCAGCGAAUCAACGACGACGAUCAGGACUACGAGGACGCAGCCGACUCGCAGGGCGACGACGAGCCUCUCUUCUCCGACGACGACAGCGACGAGUGGAACGAGGACGAGGCCUACGUCAGGACCCCCUGGUACGACCCCGACACCGACCAGGUCGACCACGACGAGUGGGAGGCCGCCCUGCAGCAGCGGCGGCGGCGGCAGCAGCGAGCAGACGACGACGACGGCGAAGGCGACGAGGGCGAAGGGGAGGAAGAGGCGAAGGACGACGAAGCGGUGCAGCAGGAGCAGCCGCAACACGGCGGCAGCGGCGCCGCGGACGAAGAGGACCAGGAGUACCAGCCUGCCCGCAAGCGACGAGCCAGCAACGGCGCACUGCCCCCACGAGAAGGCAAUGGGGUGAAGCGAAAACGGAUAUACCGGGGCGACGACGACGAGGAGGACGACGAUGAGAGGCGCGAGGAGGAGGAGGAGGAGGAGACCACGGACGGUGCCCCGGGCAAUCGCUACCGGGGCUGCGACGAGACGACGAGAGCAGUGCGAGAGCGCGUGGUGGCCUCCCUCGCAGAGGCCCUCUCCAUGCCACGGCCGGCGACGGCGGAGAACGAGAGGUCGGUCGUGGAUGCGGCGGCGGUGCAGGCGCUGGCCGAAGGAAUCGAAACGGAGAUGUGGCGCAUGUUCGAGCUGCAGACCAGCUCCGCCUACAAGGCCAAGUUCCGCACCCUCCUCUUCAACCUCAAGGACGAGCGCAACCAGGAGCUGCGGGAGAGCGUACUGUCGGGGGAGAUGGCGCCGGCGGAGCUGUGCAAGAAGACCUCCAAGGAGCUGGCGCCCACCGAGCUCGCCGAGUGGCGCAAGCAGCGCGCCGAGAAGUACUUCCACGAAAACGUCAUGAUCACGGAGGAGCCCGGACCGAUCGUGAAGAAGACACACAAGGGCGAGGAGAUCCUGAACGCCGGCGUUCCCGCCUCUCCGCUCGCCCUGGAGGCGCCGACGCCCGCCCACGCUGCCGCGCCGUUGUUUUCUCCCCUUCUCUCCGCCGUCGCAGCAGCAGCGGCCGGCAACACUGCGCCUUCGGCCUCCCCAUCGGGCGACGCGCCGCCGGUGCCGCAAGCGCGCAAGAGAGCGCGCCUGUCGCCCACGCGACCGACCGGCGUGCGGUCGGCGCGAGAAGAGAACGGGAAUCGGGAGGACGACAACCGAAUGGACGAGGGAAUCGGCGCAGCGAGUUACGGCGGCCACGAAGGCGAAGACGAGGAGCCCAUGAUCGACAUCAACGUCGACGUCAGCGGACCCCUCAACGAAGUGGACAUGCUUGCCACGCCACCCGCUAAAGCCGCCCAGCCACCCAAGGAGCACGUGCCCGGCGGCCCCAUCUGGCGAGGCUCCUUGGUGAAAGCAAACAUGGAGAAGUGUGACGUGCUCGCCCACCAUCUGGCCGGACCGCACACAGCUUCCAUGCAGCACCUGCUGCCGGAGGAGCUGCAGGUGCAAGGCCGCGUGAACCUCUCCAAGCUGUCCAAAUACGUCGCCGGCCUCUCGGCUGGGUCGCGCCACAGGACCCUCUCCCUCUUCGUGCUGGAGCCGGCCGAUGAGGCGUCGUCUGUGGCCUACAUCGCCAUGCUCCACUAUUUUGGAACCAAGAGUCGAGCAGGCGUGGUCAUCAACCUGCCGGGCACGGUCAAGGAGAUGUACGUGGUGCCCAUCACGUCGGACGAUGUGCACUUCCGGGACAUGCUGCGCCUGGAGCAGGACAAGCUCCUCAUGGUGGUGGUGACAGACAAAGACUUCGUCCAAAGGCCAUGA